AUGGACGCCGCUGCUCUUCAAGAGACCCACUGGUUUGGUCAGGAAAACUAUCAAGUCCACGGAGCAAUGGUCAUUGCUUCGGGUCGGCCUGUGCCUGGGGAAGGAGCGCCCAGACGGCGAGGUGAGGGCGUUGCGUUUGUGCUGAGGGGAAAUGCGCUUCGGGCCUGGCGCGAAGGAGGUUGUCAACUCGUCGCAGUAUCCGCUCGGUUGUUGUCCAUACGCUUGAAGUUUGAUCUGGCGAGUGGAGAGGUUGAAUGGAUGUCGCUGGUUACAGCUUAUGCGCCAACAUUCAACAGUAAGCGCUGUGAAAAGGAUGCGUUUUAUGACUCUCUGCAAGGAGUACUCAACUCAAUACCGUGCACAGAUAAAUUUGUUCUACUUGGAGAUUUCAAUGCCAGAGUGGGAUCUGGAGAGCCAGGUGAUGAUUGGAGCGCUGUGCGUGGCUCACAUGGCUUGGGCUGCCUGAAUUCGUCUGGAGAGGAGCUACUUCAGUUUCUGGCAAUGCAUCAAUGCUGGAUCGCGAACACCUGGUUCAGGAAAAAGCAGGAAUUGAUAGGCACUUGGCAGCAUCCCAGAACUAAACAUGUCCAUUGUAUUGACUUCAUCAUCACAGCGCAAGGGAGCCGGCACUGGUGCACUGAUGCUCAGGUUAUUCGCUCGACAGAAUGUGGGAGCGACCAUAGUCUUGUUGCCGCCAGGUUUAGGCUCGGCAGGGUCUUGUGGAAACCGCGGAAAUCUACAAAGAGAGUACGAUUUGCAGUGCAUAAUCUGCCCGCAGUGGUUUCGACAGAUGCUGAGGGAAACCACCAGAGGAAGGUUGACGACUACCAGGAAAACAUCAAUGCCAAGAUUGAUGCAGUGGCGGACGCGGAAACGGUAGACGAGAAAUGGAAUGCGAUGCGGGACGUGGUGACGGCGGCGGCUGCGGACACUCUCGGUCAUCAGAGGAGACGGCAGCCUGAUUGGUUUACGGAAAGCCAGGACGGGCUGCGGCCACUGCUGGACGCGCGCAAUGCAUGCUAUCGAACAUGGAUCACUAGUGGCCGGAAUCAGGAAGAGUAUUCGCGCUACCGUGUUGUGCGCACGAGGGCUCGCGCUGCCACCCGAGCUGCGAAGAAUGAUUGGUUUGCUGCCAUGGCACAACGUACUGAGAAGGGGCGCUUUGACUCGGCGCGCAUUUGGGCCGGUAUCAAGACCAUGCAGACGGCUCGGCGAGGGCUUGUGGGUGUAACUGCAGUCGCUGUGCGGGACGAGAACGGAAAUGUCUGUAAUUCACCGGCGGAUCAGGGCCGCACAUGGCACUGCCACUUCUCCAAGGUUUACAAUGUUCCAACCUCGUAUGAACCUGCAACUGUUGCCACCAUUGAGCAACAGGAAGUGUGUGAAGACCUCGCCGAUCCACCUACUCUGGAAGAGCUUAGGCAAGCUGUGCGCCGACUACGGAACGGAAAAGCAGCAGGAGGCUCUGGAAUCUUACCGGAACUGCUGAAGGCUGGUGGGGAUGGCCUCAUGAUGGCACUACUGGACCUUGUCCAGACAGUGUGGAAUGCAGAGCGGGUGCCCCAGGAGUGGGUGGACUGCCAGCUUGUCCCAAUACCAAAAAAAGGAAAUCUAUCCAGCUGUGACAAUUGGAGGGGCAUCGCUCUUCUGGAGGUGGUAGGAAAGGCUGUUGCUGGCCUCGUCUAG